UAGCUGCUGCGGCAUUUAUGAGGCUGGUGCAGCGAGGGGGGGUCGUGGAAGGUCCGUGAUGGGAGCGAUGGUUGACCAGUGAAGAUCCCAGCCCUCUCCGAUCUCACUUCCAGCCCUUGAGUCUCAUUUCGUACUUCCACAUCAUGGCUGUCACGGCUGAAAAGGAAGCGACCUCGGCCAGGGAGAAGCUGAAUGAGGAUUCGGAGGAUGAGGACGAGUUCCUUGAGUACAGUCCGUGUGGAACCAUUACGAAGCUUCGGCAACAAGUGAAGCAGCAGGCCGUGCCCGGCAUCGACUACUCCUUCCUGGCCAUGGACACCGACAACGGAGUGGAGGUCGUCUGGAACGAGGUGCGGUUCUCGGAGAACAAGAACUGCAAGAAGUACAUGGCGCGGAUAUCGUCCAUCUUCGACAGUCUGCAGUCGAUCGACCACCCGAACAUCGUGGGCUUCCACAAGUACUGGUUCGACCAGCCGGACAAGACGGACAAGCCUCGGGUCAACUUCAUCACCGAGUACAUGUCGUCUGGCUCGAUGAAGCACUUCCUGAAGCGCACGCGCGCCUCCAAGAAGAAGAUGGCGAUCGAGUCGUGGAAGCGCUGGUGCCGCCAGGUCUUGUGGGCCCUGAGCUACUUCCAUUCGAGCUCGCCGCCGAUCAUUCACGGCAACCUAACCUGUGAUUCAAUGUUCAUUCAACACAACGGCCUGCUCAAGAUCGGCUCAGCGGCGCCCGACGUCAUCCAUCAGCACGUGAAGACGGUGCGGCCGGCGCAGUUCCUGAAGAACGCCCACUUCAUGGCGCCGGAGGAGGUGGUGCGGACGGCCGGCGACGAGCGCACCAGCAAGUCGGACAUCUACUCGUUCGGCAUGUGCGCGCUGGAGAUCGCGGCGCUGGAGAUCCAGGGCAACGGCGACUCCGGCACGCCGGUCACCAAAGAGAACAUCCACAACACAAUCGAGAGUCUGGAGCAUGACGCGCAGAAGGACUUCAUCCGCGCGUGCCUGCGGCCCGACCCGGAGAGCCGACCCACGGCGCGCCAGCUGCUCUUCCACCCGAUCCUCUUCGAGGUGCCCACACUCAAGCUGCUGGCCGCGCACGCCGUCGUCAACGACCCCAACAUCAGCCCCGAGGACGCCGAGGUGUACUGUAACCUGAGUCCGGACCUGGUGAUCGCUGAGAUGCGCCACGAGGGCCAGGAGCCCACCCAGCUGCGCGUGCAGGACGUCACCUCGGCCGAGAACAUCGGCAAAUUCGUCGAGGACGUCCGGGUCGGCAUCUACCCGCUGACGGCGUACGCGCCGCCGCCGCCGCCGCCCGUCACUCAGGCGCGCGCCGCCAGCCCCGACACCAUCGAGUCGGUGCACUCGGACACGCCGGAGCCGUCGGAGCGGGAGGGCCGCAAGGUGGUCACCAUGAUGUGCGAGGUCAAGUCGGACCCAGCGCUCGACGCCAGCUUGACGCUGGUGCUGUUCCUGCGGCUGGACGACAAGACCAACCGGCAGCUGUCGUGCCGACUGGCGCCCGACGACUCUGGCUCACUGCUCACCGACGAGCUGGUCAGACACGGCCUCGUGAACGAGAUGAACCGGGACGAGCUGACCAAGCUGAUCGACGGCCGGCUGCGGGCACUGCGUGUGCAGCCGGCCGUCGUGCCGGCCAGCUAACGGCCGCCGCGCCGCGCCGCGACGGCCGUAGAAUCUCGCCCGCCGAUGCCGUCUUCCGCCGCCUGCUCUCCGCCGCGCGCCCUGGGUCCAAGCGGUUUAUUUGCGCGCGCGCGCGCGCGCGCGCGGCGGCCCGCGCGAGGCCCGUGUAUAGACUGAGUGCGGUCGCUGUUCUGAGAGCGCGCCGCGGCGCCGUGCGGGUACUGUGAGGACCGGGAGCGGCCGGGGCCGCGGGCGCCCCCGCGGCCUGCGUGAGUGCCCCACCCGAGUGUGCGCUGUUUCUCAGGACAGAUUAUGAUGAGCUUAGUGCUACGCUUGGAUUGCUUGAGUUCUGUACGGACGUGCGUGGAAUCAAAAGGCGCAGGCUGGACGCCGUGGCGCGGGGUCUGGCCGACGGCGGAGCUGCCUGCUCAGGCGCACGCAAGACACUUCGAAGGGCAGGGGAGGGGUGGCUGCGCCCGCUUGCCCGGGCGUCUGGCCGACGGCGCGGCGCCGCCCACUGCUGCGCACAGCAGCACUGUACAGUAUAGCUCUCUGAGAGUAGCUGCGGAACGCACGCACAGGUGGCGCGGCCCGGCCGCCGCCGCUCCCGGGGCGCCGCGGCAGGGGUGCGCACUGCGUGACGCGCCCUGCGUGGCCGCCGGGCGACCCUUGCCUUGGAACGCGUUUACGUAAGGUUUUCUACCGCAACCGACAAUAUGGCAUUCCCUUUAGAUUCCACUAGUGGACAGCAUCGGCUGCGGGCCGGCUAGCCGCCACACGCAUUCGCCUUCCGCCUGAACCUUGCCAGUGCUUGAAAUAGGACCCGCUCCAGCAGUGCUGCCAUCUGUGGAGUGGUUUUGUCGGCACCGGCAGCCUGAGCGUUCCGGUCGUUCGAAAAUAUUUAGGCGAAAGUUCGGUCAAUGUGAGUUUCAUUACUGAUAACCUGUAAACGAAACUCGGAUUUGCCCGUUUUUAUCUUUAUUUAAUGAAUACAGUUCGGUUAACGUGCUGGCA